AUGGCCGGGGGCGGCCAGGAGACCCCACAAAGCAGCAUGAACCUGCGCCUGGGCACAGUCCUGCUGCUCCUGGUGCUGCCCGGUAGCGGGCAGGUGUGGUUGGGGCGGGGUUUGGGGGCUCGGCCCCCCACGUCCACCGGUCCCACAGCCCUCCUGCCCUGCAGGCUGCUGCAGUCGGCGGGGCCGGCGCUGCGCAGCGGGCUGGCUGGGCUGAAGGUGCUGCUCCUGAACGUCAGCAGGGCUGUCACUCACGAUGUCCUCAUCGCCUUUUCCCCCACGGAGGGCCCUAGGAUGCUGAACGUAACGGGGAAGGGGAAGGCAGGCAAAAUCCAGCUCCCCAGGGAGAUAUUCCGGUCCCUGAGCAGCCAGACAGUGCGCAUGGUGGUGACGGUCCUCAACAUCCAGCGGCUUGGCAUGUUCGAGGAGGUCAACCAGACAGGGCAGGUCCUGGACGACACCGUGGUGGGCAUCACGGUGGGAGAGACGAGCAUCUCCGGGCUGCAGGACCCCGUGCAGCUCACCUUCGCCCACGGGCAGCUGCCCCAUGGCGUCACCCCGCAAUGCGUCUUCUGGGAUCCCAGCAAAGGUAUGAACCCAGCUCUGGACAGGUCCAUGGCACAAGCCUUGAUGGCUGUUGCCACCGCUGGCUGUGGGGUAGCCAUGGCUUCCUCCAUCUUCACCAUCGCCUUCUGCAUCUUCUUAAGGUGCAGGUUCAGGUCCGAGGAGACCCUCUGCACCAACCUGGGGCUGCAUGUGAACCUCAUGGGCAGCCUGCUCCUCCUCAACCUGGCCUUCCUGCUCAACAGCGGGCUCUCCAGUGGGACCCAGCCGGGGACUUGCAAGGUCCUGGGGGGGCUCACCCACUACUGCCUGCUCUGCUGCUUCACCUGGAUGGCGCUGGAGGGCUGUCACCUCUACCUCCUCUUCGUCAAGGUCCUCGGCACCUACAUCCACCACUACCUGGUGAAGCUGUGCCUGGUCGGCUGGGGCUUUCCCACCCUCGUGGUGGGGGUGGCAGGAGUCAUCGGCAGCUAUGGAGAAUACAGCGUCCAGACCAUGGACCACCAGGUCAUAGCCCACCUGUGCUGGAUCACUUCCAAAUAUCUCCUGGUCCACUACAUCACCAACUGUGGUUACUUCGGCCUCAUCAUCCUCUUCAACAUGGCUGUCUUUGGGGUGGUGGCCCAGAAGAGCUGCUGCCUGCAGGGCACGGGGGCAGUGCAGGGAGACCGCAAGGCUUGGAAGGUGGCCCUGGUGGUAGUGGGGCUCUUCUGCCUGCUGGGAGCCACCUGGGUCCUGGCGUUCCUCACCCAUGACACCUCCUCUGUGCCCAUGCUCUACCUCUUCACCAUCCUCAACUCUCUCCAAGGAAUCUUCAUAUUCGUCUGGCUGGUCAUCCUCUACUACCCGAAGACGAAGGAGACCGCUGGCUCCCUCUCCCACAUCAUCAGACACGACAAAACCAUCACGGUUUCCCAGGACUAG